AUGAGUGCACCUGUUGAACAAAAGAGUAGUGAAUCUUCCGGAAACUGUGGUUCCUGUGGAUGCGAAUCAGGAUGUGGUUUGCUUUUGUGGAAAAACCCCAUUGAAACUGGUAAAGUUUUUGGUGGUUUAUUGGUUGGUUUGUUAGUCUUGAAGACAGUGAAUUUAAUCACCUUUUUCUUAAAAGUUUUCUACACCACACUAUUUAUCAGCGGUUCUAUUGAAUUUGUCUCCAAGAUCAUUCUUGGUAAAGGUUUAGUUACCAAGUAUGGUUUGAAGGAUUGCCCUAACGUAGUCGGAAUGAUCAAGCCUUCGGUCGACCACAUGUUCAAGGUUUUCCCUGUGUACCAAGCAAAGUUCAGAAAGCUAGUAUUUGCUUACCAGCCAAAGAAUAACUUCAAAGCUGCGGUCAUAUUAUUCGUACUACACAGAUUCUUUUCAUGGUUUUCCGUCUGGACCAUCGCUUUUAUUGGUGUGAUUUCAACCUUCACUGUCCCAUUGAUCUAUUCUAUGUACAAGAAAGAGAUUGAUACUGCUGUUGACAAUGGUAUUAAGGUUGCCAAAGUGAAGACUGACGAAUUUACCCAAUUGGCAUCUGAAAAAACCAAGCCGUAUUUGGAAACUCUAGACAGUAAACUAGGUCCUGUUUCAGGCUUCGUUAAGAGCCAAUACCACAAUGCUAAUACUGUUUCUUCCAAAUCCACGACCACCGGUUUGGCCGCUAAGGUUCCUUUGGAAGAACCAUCUAAGGGAACUACUACUGGCUCUACCAGUUUCCCAAGUGUACCACAAACUGCUCCAUUGAACCAACAAACCCAAGAAUUUUCUGUAGAUGCAUUGCAAUCCGAAUUGAAACAGAGUACUGACGGUUUGAAACGUGAUUUGCAAGAAAACAACAAUGUUAGUUAUUAA